AUGGCAUCGACAUCAGGUUCAAAGAACAACCCCAAACGGGUCAUAAUUCGUGUGCAUGAGCACUGGCACGAUGACCAUCAAAAGAUCACUCAGGAUUGGUUUCAUUUCGCUGGUUACUCCAGUAGUGAGGAGGAAUACGAUUGGACAACAGACCACUACGUGCACCUAGGAGGGGUGAACGAUAGACGAUUUCAUGUCAUCAUCGACAUGGAGAAGAAUGGAUGUUGUACUGCUUCACAACCAGAAGAGAUCGCUCUCGAAUUCUACCGCUUGAGGAAGCCGGUCGGUCAAGCCUCAAAAUUCGAAUAUAUCAACCCAGAGACCCAAAAGGAGGUCUACACGCUGGCUCGUCAGUUCACGAAAAGUCUCACAUGGGGACAUGAUUGA